UGGCGGGCAAUUCUGUGUUUUCUGAUCACCGAGUGCAUCAGCCUUCAUGCGCAGUCUAGCCUUUCACAAACAGAACACACAGAAUGUCUGCCAUUGCUCCGUCUGCUGCGUCGUCUUCACCUUCUGCAUCUGCUGUGACCUCUAUCCGGUUCCCUUCGCCGCGGAGGUUUGCUGUGGUUGGAGCUGGGUUUGCUGGCGUUUCAGUGGCAUGGCAUUUGCUUCAAAGAUGCGAAUUUCAGCAUACAUCCAGCUCGGGACCCGUAUCUGUGGAUCUAUUUGACGAAGCUGGGAUUGGCGGAGGCGCCUCAGGUGUUUCAGGAGGCUUGCUACAUCCUUACACUCCGAAGGGGAAGUUUCUUUGGAAGGGGAAGCAAGGUUGGCAGGCUGCGCUGAAUCUACUGGAUGUUGCAGAAGCCGCUGUUCCGCUCACCGGUGAAUCUAAGCCCAUAGCAUGGCGGAGGGGUAUCUUGCGACCCCUUGUAGCGGAGAAGCAUAUACGCGACGCAAGAAAAUUGGAUGGAGGAUGUGAUGGGUCUAGGAUAGAAGGAAUUAGAUGUUUGGAGCGUCCCGUGGCUAAAGCUAUGGUUCCUGGGCUUGAGCUCCCUGAAAAUGGGCUAGGGUUGUAUAUCCCGGACGGCAUCAAUCUUCAUCCGCGUACCUAUCUCGACGCUCUUUGGUUAGCCUGCGCGGACUUUGCACAUAAUGCCUGUCCAGGAACACGAGCAGCUCUUGUAAAGCAACACGUGAGCUCACUUGCCGAGCUCUCUCGGGAAGGAUACAAUGCCGUGGUAGUAUGCACUGGAUCAAAGGCCGUUCUGCUACCAGAGCUUGCAGGAAAGCUUCCUCUCUCCAUGUGUCGUGGUGUUGUGGCAGACUUAGAGCUACCGUCAGAGUACGAGGAGUAUCAUUCCCAGGCUCCCAACUUACUCUCACAUGCUUGGCUAGCUGUUCAAGGAGCACGAAAGAUAGUCUUAGGAGCAACCAAGAAUUGGAACUCGGGACCUGAGUGUGAAGAAGUAUCAUUGCAGGAGGAAACUUUGGUGCAGGAUGAGCUUCUGCAAAGAGCAGCUCAAUUUUACCCGCUUAUCGAGCGCUGGAAAGUGAAAAGUUUACGAGCAGGUGUGCGUGCAAUGCCGCCGCGAACGCCAUUGGGGGCAUUGCCAUUAGCAGGCUGCAUCAACGAGCUUGUAAAGCCUCUGCAGUCGGAGACCCAGUGGUGGCUAAUCGGCGGGCUUGGUUCUAGAGGUCUCAUGUACCAUGGUUUGCUCGGCGAACGUGUCGCUGCCGCUGUGACAGCCGGGGAUGAGUCGCUCAUACCCGAAGAAUUCAAAAAAUUUGCUGCAGUCUCGGCUCAAGUUUAGAUGGGGAUGUGCAUUUUGUUUUUGAAGAUGACACGGAGCUUUAAUCCAUUGUAGAGCUCCUAAACACAUCACUGCUCCUUGCACCUCGGUCCACCUUACGAUGCACUGAAGCUUAGUAACUGAUUUCAUUGCAUGUACAUGCCAAAUUUGAGGUAAGAGUCUAAGUCCUGGUAAGGACAACAAAACUUCUUAGUCUGAGCAAGAGAGAGCUGUGUUGGCGUUUGGAAGAUUCACGAUUCCAACGUGAUUCCAGCUGAGCAUUGAAUCUGUAAAUUUGCUUCUUGUUAUGAGCCGGAAGUUAGAGUGAAGAUAGCUAGUUCAAGUUCUCCGAAUUCACAUAGUAUCUCAUGUGAUCCCUGUGAAAAUUAUCUGCACUUAUGUGGUCAAUGGCCAAUGGAAGCUUAGUUUGUAGGACAUGGCAGAUCACUAGCAAUAACCGAGCCUGCUAUAGUUAGGAUUCCUUAACAUGUUAGAGACCUUGAUCCUGCAACACAGUGGUAUGUGGAAAUAAGGCUACACUGUAGCAUUUACAGCCUGCGUCAGUAAUUUCACCCCCUCUUACUGCAUAAUGCUGAAUAUUAUGCAGUCAAUGGAAGCACGUCAACAUGGAUUAUGAUUUGGCUGGGUGCUGAGAGGAUGUUUCUUAUCGGAUCUCACCGUCCCACGCUUCGUGAGUUUCUACACUCCUUCUUAUAAAUCGAUUCAUCAUUUACUAUUACUACAACUGUAUGAGAUUACAUACUUGGUACUUGUUACCUGUGGUUUUCUUUUUAGUAAUUCGCGUUGAAAAAUCAACUCCAAACAUUUUAAAGCAGGAAUUGAAACCCUCUUAUAGUACUAUGGUGUUAAUCCGCCACUGUGUGAACAGCUGAUCUUGGUGUGCAUCAUGAGGUGGAACUGUUGGCAUAAUCCUGAAAACUCUCCAUCCGGGAGUUGAUUGAAGACAGCCAUGUACCUAAACAACUGACUCAGUAAUUGAUGUUGCCAUUGAUGUUUCCAAAUAUUGCAAGUAGUUUCUCGACCGCCACGGUCGUGUCACUAGAGCUGGUUUGAGUACGACGCCAACCAAGCUACCUUUGUCAACAUGCUCCAGGAACAUCUGGAAUCUAGAGGCACCAUCGCAAAGUAGUUGCAGGGCACUAUUCGUGCUGUCAAAGUUGUACCAGAUGCGUGAUCUGUCUUAAAUCAAAUUCGUUCCAGGAGAUGGCUGCAAUAUUCAGCUAGAUCAAUCGCCACAAAUUCUGCAGCAUUGUCGUGUAAAUGAUGACUUUCGCUUAUCAUGUAGCCGAUGCCUCGAACACUUCUGGAUCACAGUUCAUGUGAAAAUGUAAAAAGAAUUCCAGAAACUGGGUAGCAGUGUUUUGUACUGCUCAUACUCAUUUUACCACUUAAAGCUUUUACUGAGAUAAAGACUCAUAAAGAGAAUUUUGUUCA